AUGUCCACAACAAUGUGCCAAGCCAUGGGCUUUUUCGUCUCAUCCCUGGGUUUCGCUGGCUGUAUCGUAGCCACGGCAAUGGAUGCAUGGAGCACACAGGACUUAUAUGACAAUCCAGUGACAGCUGUAUUCCAGUAUCAGGGGCUCUGGAGGAGCUGUGUCAGCCAGAGUUCGGGUCUUACAGAGUGCCGGCCUUAUUUCACAAUUCUUGGGCUUCCAGGUAUGGGCAAUGGGGUCAAAGCAAUGUGCAUAACUGGCAGGGUUCUAUCUUGCAAUUGGAUAUUGAUGUUAUUGCUCUGCUUGUGUUUGGUAAUCUUGACAAAAAUACUUACAUUAAGUAAUGAUCCAUUCCUCCUACCAGGUCUCUGUGCUAUCUGUGGGGUGUCUGUUUUUGCUAACAUGCUUGUCACCAAUUUCUGGAUGUCAACAGCUGGCAUGUAUCAACAAGGAAUGAUGCAGACACUCACAACAAGAUAUACCUUUGGUGCUGCUCUAUUUGUGGGAUGGGUUGCUGGAGGCCUGGCCUUGGUUGGAGGCAUUAUGUUGUGCAUUGCUUGCAGAGGACUUGUGCCAGAAGAAACCCAUUACAAGGCAGUAUCCUACAAGUCUGCUGGAUAUAGGUCUGGAACUGCAUAUGAACCCAAGAAGACAGCCAUAAUUGAUACUAAUACUGUCAAAAGUGAUGAAGGACGGCGCUCAAAAUAUGACUAUGUAUAG